UUCCCCUUUCUCUUAUCAUUGCAUUGCGUCAUAAAACGCGAUUGUUUUCUAACAGUAAAUUCGCGUCGAAAUCUUCGCUAUGGGCUGGUUAAAUUUAUCUUCAACUGUAAGUUAUGUCGUAUCCAAACUACCGCGACCAAGAUCCGACGCCAUGAAACGGUCUUUAGCAGUUACAGCAUCGUUUGCAAGUUUACUCGCUUUAAUUGGAGCUGCUUUAUAUUUCCGAAGGAAACGUCAGAAACGAAUUAAAGGCAAAGGUCGCUCUGAAGUCGAAAGAAAGAACAAAACUAAUGAAGAAUUUGCUGCAAAUGGUCUCACAUUAUCACCCAGUGGAGUAAAACGUCUCCGAAAUCGCAGAAAACGAAACAAUUCCUUCUCCCCGAGUUUGACAUCAUCUGCUGGUAGUUCUUCUAGAGUAAGACUCAACAAACCAUUGGUUGACGGGAAAAGUUUGCAACAAAUAGAACAACUUUAUCAAGAAGGAGUAAAUUCAUUUGAAUCAGCACUCGGUAAAUGGGAGGAAGCUUCUGUUAUUCUGCAAACUGGAUCCCCUACAUGUAGUGCAGCUGCGGCGAGCCCAUCAAGCAGUCGGUCCCACAGAAGGUUAGAGUUUAGUGGUAAACGGAAUACUGUGCGUGAAAAUCGUUUGUUGAGAAGUAAUCGUGUUCGAAGAUAUUCGUACAAUACUUCUAGCCCCACCACCCCCCAUGGCUGUGUAAGAUCUGGAUCAUUCACCCUUGGUUACGAUGAUCACAAACUUAACAAUAACCAUUGUUAUUCUGACAAAGAUAUAUCGAAAAUUUCAUCUUUGCUGGAUACUUCCACCAGUGUGGAUGACAUCGACAAAUCAUUAUUUGAUGACAAAUUACAUUCAAUUGUUGAAAGAGCCCAGUUAUUACAAGAUGCGUUCGACCAUAUAUUAUAUGAUGAUAGUGACACAGGAUCUGACACUGACAUGACGUUAACUGGCCAUGAUGAUGAAAUAUCGGAUGUCGAUUCUGAAUCAAAUGAUUCCUUUGUGUCAGCUAGGGAGUCCUGGGACACUUUCUCAUUAGACGGCCACCCCCAUAGCAUGUUAAUGUAUGAACAAGCAUUGCUACUUGUGGAAAAGGGGGAAGUUUUAUGCAGGACAUACAGAUCCGAGUUACUGGAUUGUUUUUCUGAUGAUGAGUUUCUUGCCAAGCUACACUGUGUUAGACAAGGCAUAUCGGUGAUGCUAGAGGACUUAUCAGUACGUAGCUGGCUCACCGAAACGGGCCGUGCGAUGAUCGAAUGCAUCUUGUGUGCGGCGGAACGUAGCACGGACGAUUUCCGGGUCGCGUUUCAUUCAAUGAUGGAUUAUGUUGCUGAUAGUGAGAACUGGAAGCAGAUAAAUGAGGAAUUGAAAAGUAGAAAGGUUGUCCAGAUGACUUUUUAUGAUGUUAUAUUAGACUUCAUGAUAAUGGACUCGUUUGAUGACUUAGACCAACCACCAAGUGCUGUGAUGGCUAUCCUUAGUAAUAGAUGGUUGUCUGAUAGUUUAAAAGAAUCGGCAGUGUCAACAGCAAUAUGGUCUGUAUUGAAAGCAAAACGAAGCCGAUUAAAAGAUCCCGAGGGAUUUGUGUCUCAUUUAUAUGAUAUAUCACAACACGUGACACCUGCGCUUGUGUGGGGGUUCCUGGGGCCAGACGGAAGACUGAAGGAAAUGUGUCACAAGUUUAAGCACGAAGUGAUUCGAUUCUUAACCGACUUGUUUAGUUUUGAGCGUGUCCGUUACUCCACUCCCUCCCAAAUGUCUGAUGAUAUCCUAAUUAUUACAAGGGAAAGAUUCACUUCAUUACUUGAGUUUUUACAUGACCCACAACUACAACUAACACCAAGGAAUAUUGAUAUGGUUGUGCCUUAAAUCUGCUAAUCUACCAUUUAAAAUGUUAAUCUACCAUUUAAAAUGUUAAUCUACCAUUUAAAAUGUUAAUCUACCAUUUAAAAUGAGAGCAAUAACUUAAAUAUGUGGUUGUUUUUAUAUGGUUGUUAUCUAAAACUACAUGUUUAAUUAUAUAUCUACCCUAUAUCAUGGGAGCGACAUGUUUUUGAUAACUGAGCAAAACCAUAAAACCUACGCAUUUUAAAUUGUAAACCUACCAUUUAAGAGCAGUAUUUACCCGUUUUUGAUAUUUGGUUACAACCUGGGUCUUGGGAUAUUAUGUUUAUACUCCCAACGCUUAACAAUUGAGCAGUAUUUAUCAAUGUUUUUAUAAUAUAAGAAUUUAACUACAACACAUUAUCUUGACGGUAAAAUGGUUAAAUUAUAAACAGAACUAUAUCUUUGAAAAUUUGAGCAAUAGUUAUUUAUUGUUUUAUAUAUGGUUGUACCUUGGUAGUUGCUUUUGCAUUGACCUGUAACUGCUUUUGCAUUGACCUGUAAAAUGGGCAAAUUUGUCAUUUGAACUGUUUUGCCUAAUUAGGUUUUUAUACAUAGUUUAGUAAGACUUAUAAUAAAAUUGGGAACUAAUAAGUUAACACUAACAUGCUACUGUUUAUUCUACACUAUUGCAUGGUAUGUACUAUAUACAAUCUAAUUUUAUCACAUUCAAAGUAAAAUGGGAUAAAUAUAUAUUUAAAUACGGUUUGGUUUCUUCUACAUUUAGGUUUACCCUAAAAGUAAACAUAUAGUAGGGCUGGGAAAGAUAAGCACCUUUAGCACAUGGAAUAUCCUGAUCGUGUUUUAAACAAUUAACAACGGUUUAUGGGAGUCGUGAUGAUACAGUUUUAUAAUUCUUUUAAUGUUCUUUGUUUACUACCAAAUUGGAUAAGAAAAUAGAAAUAAAAGGUGUCCCAUCUUACCCCACCCUACUAUACAUUUACACUUUUUAAAACUGGAAAUUUAUGCUAAAAUUGACCAAAGGGUUUUAAAUAAAAAGUGAAAUUAUUUUUGCCUUCAAAAUUAUUUUGCCUUUUUAUUUGAAAUUAUUUUGCCUUCAAAGCAAUGGGUUACAAUAGUAGCAUUUAUAAAGUAGUUGCAUUUUAUCACUGUGUAUUGCAAGCCAUAUAAAUCUUCCCUAUAUUAUCAUUAAUGGUGGCACCGAUUUUUUAAUAUUUCAGGGGUUGCUACUGUAGCUUUCUUCAUCUAAAUGGCGCCCUGUGUCUUUAUAAAUACUGGGUUUUGCAAGUUAAAUAUUGGAUCUUGUUAAUUUUAGGAUAAAUUACUUUUAUGAUUGGGGAAACCAGACAUUGCAUCCCCUGUACUGUAUAAUCGGUGCCACUAUAUAAUAUAUUUGGUACUUUUGUUUGUGAUGUCAUAUUUAUGGUGUUUGUUUGUCCAUUGUUUCGUAACACUGGCUGCUAUGUCUUAUUUAUACGAUACAUGUUUGUAAAUGUGGGUUGAAUUUUUGUGUUAAAACUGAAAACUUUACCAAGGACAUUCGUAUGUUUGCAAUUCGUUUUAUGCUAAUUUUGUUUAUAAACCGAUAAUUGUUGUUUGUUUUUAUAUCGCACCAAAGUAUCUUCAUUGUGAAGUUGUGCUGUUGUUUUACUUGAUUACAAUCACUGUUUUAAACUUUGGGAUAAAAUGGGAUUUUUGAAAUGAUUUCUGAAUAUAUUUCUCACCAUA